AUUGGAAAAGAAGAUGAAGCUGAAGAAGACGUCAUAAGGCUGCGCCGUUCCUGUCUGGCUCGACAGAGUCAAUGGUCCAAACAUACAGGGGGAAAGCUGCUACUGAAAGAAAUCUGCCCACUGUUAUUAAGAUGGCGUUUAUUAAAAAAGAGAGUGAAGACAUGAGCAUUUCAGAGCCGUUUCGAGUGAAACUUGAAGAUGCCGAGGAACAAACAGACCUGAUGCCGCUUAAAGAGGAGAGUCACGAGCUGAAUGAAAUGGAGAAGAACGAGCAGUAUGAGAACCAUUAUUUCAUGACAGGUGAAAAACUCGGCUCGCAGACUGAAAAGUCAGAAGAACCUGUGCAGGAGACAGAAUCCCAAAGUUAUUUCCCCUGCCAUCAGUGUGGAAGCGUUUUCGGUUCUGCGGGAAGCCUUAAAGUCCACAUACGAAUUCACAAUGGCGAGAAUCCUUUCACAUGCGAUCAGUGCGGAAAGAGUUACACCCGAAGCAAGACCUUAAAGCAUCACAUGAAGAUUCACGCCAGAGAAAGACCCGUCAAAUGUGAUCAGUGCGGAAAGGGUUUCACAGAUAAAGACACCUUUAAUUCACACAUGAGAAGUCACUCAAGAGAGAACUCUUCAGCGUGCCAUCGGUGUGGAAAAAGUUUCAUGCCUUUAGAAGACCGUGUGAUAAUUCCCUCUGAAGAGAAGCCCUUCAAGUGCCAUCAGUGUGGAAAGUGUUCAAAACAUGAAGAAUCCCUGAAUCAGCGCGUGAAACUUCACUCUGGAGAAAGACGUUUCGCCUGCCCUCAAUGUGGAAAGGUUUUCAUACAUAAAGGACACCUUAAUAAUCACAUAAGAAUUCACAUGAGAGAAAAUAGUCUGAAAUGCGUUCAAUGUGGGAUGAGUUUCACAGACAAAAAACAGCUGAAAGUGCAUGAAAAUUCUCACACUGAAGAGAGGCAUUUCUCCUGCUCUCAGUGUGGAAAGAGCUAUAGACUCAAAGGAGACCUUAAGACCCAUGUGAAGAUUCACAAAAGAGACAAUGGUUUCAAGUGCCAGCUGUGCGGGCAGAGUUUCACAGACAAGAAACAUCUUAAACAGCACGUGAAUGUUCACAAAGGAAACAAGCCUUUCAUGUGCCAUCACUGUGGAAGGAUUUGUACAUGCAAAGCAAACCUCAAGGUUCACUUGCGGAUUCACACGGGAGAAAAGCCCUACUCCUGCCCUCAGUGUGGAAAGAGCUUCACUUUCGGCGGAGGACUUAAGAUUCACAUGAGAAUUCACACCGGAGAGAAGCCGUACGCGUGUGUUCACUGUAAGGGGAGUUUCGUGUAUCUAGAACAGCUGAAAAGUCAUCUGCAGACUCAUUCUGGAGAGAACUGCAGUGUGUCGAGUAGUUUCUAAUAAGACUGAGGCCGUUUGGUUGUGAUGAGCAUAAUAAAAAUGUAUUUUGUUUCUGGAAAGAAAUGUUUCGGCAUCGUGAGAGGUGACUCUCGAGGUGCUUGUGUCAUGUGAUGGUGAUAUGCAAAGCUGCUGAUCUUUGCAUCUUCUCCAAAGUCUCUGUGACAAACAUUAAUAAAAAUGUGUUUAGGA